AUUGGCGGCGCGGCGCGGCAGUGGGCGGGGCGCAGUCGGUGCGGAGCGGCCAUGACGGCGCACAGCUUCGCGCUGCCGCUCGUCCUCUUCUCCGCCUUCUGGGGCCUCGUGGGCAUCGCCGCCCCCUGGUUCGUGCCCAAGGGGCCGAACCGCGGGGUGAUCAUCACGAUGCUGGUCACCACCGCCGUGUGCUGCUACCUCUUCUGGCUCAUCGCCAUCCUGGCCCAGGCCAACCCCCUGUUCGGGCCGCAGCUGAAGAACGAGACCAUCUGGUACGUGCGCUUCCUCUGGGAGUGAGCAGUCCCCGGGAGCUGGCGCCUCAGCAGAGACCCCCAUCAAAUCCAUCACCCUCUUGUAGCUGUUCCAGCCUCUACCCUCCUGUACCAAACAGCCCCCAGAGGUGCUGGACAGAGGCUGGACCCGCUGCCCAAGCACACCUGGAGCACUGCAGCCCGGACCAGUGGAUGGCUGGGCCCCCAAGCACGGCAGGCAGCAUCCCUGGACGAGGGCCUACUAAUCCGGCCCUAGGAGCAGCCACGCUGCCAGGGAGAGAUCCCUUCAGCUGGUCCAGUGCUGCAGUGACUGGGCACCAUCCUGUGAGGGGUCUGUGUGUGGUGCCAGCAGAUCCUGUCCCAGCAUUGCUUGUCCUGCCCUCUUGCCGUGUUCAGCCCUAGCCCCCACGUGAAACCCCUGCUCGUAGCCCCAGCUGCCCAACUAGUUGCCCUGUCCCUGGUCAUCACAUACACUGGCUGCCCGUCUGCAUGAGAACACAGGAGCCAUUGCAGCCUCCGUGGAGUGAGCAGUCCCCUGCAGUGGGGGUGGUCCCUGCUAAGGCAGAUUCUGGCUGUGGGUGCGAGAACAAAGGGCUGACCCUGGAGGAGCAUGCAGACCCCCUUGGGUGUGGUAAGGGAGGUGUUGGGGUCUGCUGGCAGGGAUGAAAAGAGGGCUGUCUCCCACCUGAGCAGUGAGGCAGCUGCAGUAGUGUUUAGGUAUCUCCACCACAAGAAGAUGGGUCCAGGUUCUGAGAAGAGCCAAGGAGGGCAUUGUGUUUCAGGAUUCCCCUUAUUUAUCAGAUAAUUUAUCUGUAUUUAUUUAUUUGUCUGUGUUGUUUAACUUGUGUUGUGGAAAUAAAUCCUUUUUCUAGUAAGUCA